AUGGAAAUCCCUUUGCAAACCAAUAAAACAGUAGACAUUCUUAAAGUGUUAAAGUCAGCUGUUCGUAUAUUUGACCAAAACACGAUCGCAUUAGGAUCCACUCAUGCGUAUAAAAGCUCGAAUAAUUUGUGGGUAGAUUCCAAGCAAAAUGCAAAAGUGUCUAGAGAGAGUGUCUACAAUGCAGAAAUGUACCGAAUCCUACAUAAUUGGCUUGUUAAGGUACGUAGUUUUGAAGUGAUCGGGCAGUGGCACUUAAAAACAAUUUUAGAACUUUUGGCCACAGCAUCUCCGGUAAAAUUGGAUAUACAUUUUGAACAAGUGUUUAAAUACACCGAACGACUCAACCCAUUGGAAGCUUGGGUCAUUCACUUUUCAUGUGAGGAUGAUAUUAUAAAAGACUCAUAUUGGCCAAGCAAUGAAUUACGGAAGAAAGAGUUAAAUGUUGCGCAUUUCUGGCACAAUAAAAAUUUUAAGAAUGUUAAAGUGAGUUCCAGAUCACUAGAUGUCUCUGGUAAUUUCCAAGAAAUUAUAGAUGAACAAAUUCUCCCCUUUUAUGACGUGUAUCACACUCAUUCGUGCAAAUUGUUUCCACGGGUAUGA